CAAGGCAUAGCCCACUGUUCUUUCUCCCAUGCACUUGUCGUGCUCUCUCCCAACAUCACUUCUCAAGUUCUCCUCGGGGGCUUCCUUAUCUCUCUGUCCAUAACUUGUCUCAUAAACACUCCCCCGAUAUUCUCCCUCUCUCUAUCUCUCUCUCCUUACAAUUAAAACUUACACAUAUAUUAUCUAUAUAUAUAUAGCCACACCUCAAGUUCCUUCUCAUAAUAACUAGCUAGUAGUCAUUACUACCUGUUCUGACAAAGCCCACACUCUUCCUCAUUUGUCUCAGCUGGGAUUCCUGACUUUCUCUCUAUCUAGCCAUAAGCAUUACUUAGUCCUCUGAAUAUAUAUAUUCCAUAUCAAAUAUUUAUUACAACAUCAUGUCUAGCAGAAGAUCGCGUUCGAGGCAGUCGGGUGUUUCAAUGAAUAACAAUAUCACUGAUGAUCAGAUCACCGAUCUUGUUUCGAAGUUACAACGCCUUAUUCCUGAGAUUCGCAACAGACGCUCCGACAAGGUGUCGGCUUCAAAUGUGUUGCAGGAGACUUGCAACUAUAUAAGAAAUUUACACAGAGAGGUAGACGACCUGAGUGAUCGCUUAUCGGAGCUCCUGGCGACCACAGACAACGACAGUGCUCAAGCUGCCAUAAUUAGAAGUUUACUUAUGUAAUAUCGUCACUUUUAGUAGUACUGUACUAGUACACAAUAUUUAUAUAUCUAUCUAUCUAUAUAUAUAAAUAUGUUUCUGCUUCUACUUCUACUUCUAUCUUCUCUCUUCUUUUUUUUUUCAAUUUAUAUAUAUAUGUACUCUAGCUAGGGCUUGGGUGGGUAGGCCACGAGAAUGGUUUAGUCUUAGAUAUAUGGUAAGACUCCAUGGACAUGCCUUUUCAAAGACCUACUGUAGUAAAAUAUAAUAAUAAUAAUAAUAAUGACAUUUUUUAUUUUAAUUCAUAAGUAAAAGGGUACGUACAAUCGAUCUUCUCGAUCAA